AUGCUUAUCGACGGUCAAAAGUGGGCUUGUGAAGCUUGCAUCCGAGGCCACCGUGUGACCAGCUGCAAACAUCAUGGUGAGUCCAAACCCCACAUAUAUAGUCUUCCUCCAUACCCUCAUCGCCAACACCCUCAUCUAACAAUUCCCCCAGAUCGACCAUUAAUUCGCAUAAAACGUAAAGGCCGGCCCUUUGCAACGUGCACAAUCUGCAAUGCAACACCCUGCACAGCUCCAACCGAGCACGCGCGCGCAAAACGCGACGCAGAGCUCAAAUGUUCAAAAAAAGCCCCGAACGGGAGACUUUAUCCGCGGCAUCAUAACACGACCGGUUUCCUUCCUAUAGCGCCUCGUCCUGGCCCCGGUCCCGGUGGGAGGGCUUCGUCGGUUUCCACCAUGUCGAAUACCGCCCCGGCUGUCGUCGCCAAGUCCAAGUCCAAGUCGGCGUCGGGUUCUCGAUCGGGGUCCAUCUCGGCUUCGGGUCGGCCUUCUCGGGCUGGGUCGUCGGCUUCUUUGGAGGCUCAGGGUACUGUUGCUCGUUAUUAUGAUGCUGCUGGAGCGGGAGAGUGGUCGGGUUCUGAGGCGUCGACGUCUGGGUCUGUAUUUGGUGCUGAGGGCUCCUCUCAACAGCGCGGUUCUUCCCAAGAGGUGGGUUUGGCUGCGUCGAGCGAGACUGUCGUGGCUGGACUUGGCUCUGGAUCUCAGAUGCCACUUUCAAACUCCGCGCCUAGCUCCUUGGCUGACUAUCCCGCUGUUUCGGGAGCCCUUUUCGAUCCGGCAUUCUCUCUCCUUCCUUCUUCGUCAGCGGUUUCCAAUGCACAGCUUGUGCAGGCAAUGCCGUUGGUUAGUCCGCUCGAAGGGGCGAACCCCUUUGAAUUCCCGCUGGACCCUGCGCUGGCGCUAGGAGAUAUCGGGUUGGAUUCUUUGGAUGAUGUGGAUAUGAGUAUGGAUUUGGAUUUGCCACCUGUUGAAGAGGGCUUUCAUGUUGAGGAUUGGUCGAGGUAUAUGUGGUCGCCUGAGACUGGGUUUGAACAUUUAGAUAUGGGGACUACUGGGCCUGUGCUUCGAUAA